CCUUUCGCUUCUCCUAAACCCAACCAUUCCCGAUUCACACCAGAGAGAGAAGCUGACAAGGGAAGGAAGGAGAGAGGUCCAGCGAGCUCACCGCUCCGGCCUCCGGCAGACUAGCAGUAAUCGCUAGUGACAAGUUCGUUGUUGGCGGAGCUAGCCAUGGCGUCGGAGGUGUCGUCGGAGAUCAACCAGAACCAGGGCGGCGAGGAGGAGACGCGGCUGGACCUCCCGCCGGGCUUCCGUUUCCACCCCACCGACGAGGAGGUAGUGUCGCACUACCUCACCCACAAGGCGCUCAACAGCAGCUUCUCCUGCCUCGUCAUCGCCGACGUCGACCUCAACAAGAUCGAGCCGUGGGAUCUACCGAGCAAGGCGAAGAUGGGCGAGAAGGAGUGGUACUUCUUCUGCCACAAGGACCGCAAGUACCCGACGGGGAUGCGUACCAACCGCGCCACCGCCAGCGGGUACUGGAAGGCGACGGGCAAGGACAAGGAGAUCUUCCGCGGCCACCGCGUGCUCGUCGGCAUGAAGAAGACGCUCGUCUUCUACACGGGCCGCGCGCCGCACGGCGGCAAGACGCCAUGGGUGAUGCAUGAGUACCGCCUCGAGGGAAGCCUGCCGUCCAACCUCCGCCGCGGUGCCAAGGACGAAUGGGCUGUCUGCAAGGUGUUCAACAAAGACUUGGCGGCCAAGGCUGGGCAAAUGGCACCGGCGCACGCCGUCGGGGGUGGCAUGGUGCGCAGCGACUCGCUGGCCUUCCUCGACGACCUGGUGUUCGACAACGCCGACCUGCCCCCGCUCAUCGACUCGCCGUACGCCGAGGGCGGCCUCAUCGACUUCAACAAGAUCGCCGGCGGUGGGGCUUCCAGCUCCUCGAUCGCCGCGGCGGGCACCAACGACAGCGCCGGGUACCAAGUCAUCAAGGCGGAGGCGCAGCUGCCGGCGGCGGCCAACAACUCCGCAGGCGGCGGGUCGUACUCGUACGAGUACCAGCAGCAGGCCAUACGGAGGCUCUGCAAGGCGGAGGCGGAGGCGCCGGCGACGCUGCUGCUGAGCCCGUCGCGCGGCGGCGGCGAGUCGAGCACAGACAUGUUCCAUGUGGACGACCUCCUCCAGCUGGACGGCUUCAUGGACGACUACUCCAACAUGUGGAAGUUCUAGUUCUAGUUAGGCUCCGAUCCGGCGGCUGCCCGGCCGGAGUAGUACUAGUACUAGUUUGAUUUAUUUGGUUCGAUCGGUUGACGCCGCGUUGGCUGCCGGAUCGAUUAGUUGGUUGAUUUUAUUAACUUACUACAGCUGUUGAGAGGUUUGAUUCGAGUGCAUCAUCAGCCGGCCUGCGAGAUGCAUGGAUGCAGCAUGGUCGUCAUCGUGGUGUAGAGGAAUUGGAAUGAAGUCCGGCCGGCCGCGCUGAUUGGCAUGGACGAGGUCUGAUCGAUCAAGAUGUCUCCAGACCUCGCCGGCGCGGUGGUCUCUCGUAGCUCCAGGUUGGUGGUGAUUGGUUGGCUAAUCUUCAUUAGCUAGCUAGCUAUAGAUAUACAUAUGUAGAGCCUAUAGCUACUGAUUAGGCGCUAGAACAGCAGCAGUGUGUGUUCGUAACCGCGUCUAGUGUUGGUCGAUCGAUCGGUAGAAUCAUGUGUGUACAUAUAUAGUCACCAUCUGUCAGCUGAUUAGCUAGUAGUAUAGGAGUCGUAGUUGAGUGAUGAGAAUGAAAUGAAGCAUGUUGUUGAUUGAUUGAUUGAUUAUUACUGUCUGAUGGUUGUGUGCUGAGGUGGCUCGAUCGCAUCGCAUCGACGACGGAGUGAUCGAGCUGCUUAACUCUGUAAAUUACUGUACUCCUCCUUGCAUCAAUCUAAUGAAUUGAUCAGUUCCCCUUCUUU